AUGGAUUUCAUCAAGACCAGUUCCCUGCGUGCUCUGAUUGAGUUAACUUUCCAACGCAACUGGAACGGCCUAAUUUGGAUGAGUAGAAAAGGAGUUACAACCAAAAGAGUGGAGACUGUCCAGACGGCUCUAUCGAGAAAACAGCGCCCAACCGCGCAGUCCGGCUGGCCGAGGAACGCAUGUUCCGCGCUCGGCCAAAACUGUGUCCGUCCGUCUGAAGUCUCGGCCAAAGUCCAAAACCACUCGGCCGAUCACGCAUCACGACCCGGGAAACUCAAGCCCGCGGUCGGCCACGCCACAACCGCCUACGCCACGCCGCGCACGAUCAUGCCGCGCAAGCCGGGAAGUAAUGCCUCGCGGCCGCGCAACUCGUCUCACGUACUCGGCCACGACCCGACUGUCCGGCCGAUCAUCCCGCGGCCGUCCCGAAGCCCGUUUGAAGCCCGAUUUCAUAUUUUCAAGGCCCGGCUUAACCCUAAGCCGCCUCAAAAGACCUAG